AUGCCUCCAUCGAUCCGUUUAUUUCCCGUAUUGCCGUUCCUAUUAUUGUUAUUAUUAACAAUUUCUCCAACGAUCAGUGCAUCGGAAAAUCUGUUCAAGGUAGAUGGCAAAGUGUUGGAGCUGGACGAAUCAAAUUUUGAUGCCGCGAUUUCAUCCUUUGAUUAUAUUUUCGUUGAUUUCUACGCCCCUUGGUGUGGCCACUGCAAGCGUCUCGCUCCCGAGUUGGAUAAAGCUGCCCCGGUUCUGGCUGGAUUAAAGAAGCCCAUCAUCGUGGCGAAAGUAAAUGCUGACAAAUAUAAACGUCUUGCUUCUAAGCAUGAAAUUGAUGGAUAUCCAACUCUGAAGAUAUUUGUGCAUGGAGUUUCUACAGAGUAUUAUGGACCUCGACCAGCCGACUCACUUGUUCGGUUUCUGACAAAAUAUGUUGCUCCUGAUGUUGCUAUUCUAAAUUCAGACUCGGCUAUUAGUGAAUUCGUAGAAGCAGCUGGUAGUCAUUUUCCUAUAUUCAUAGGUUUUGGCUUAAAUGAGUCCAUGAUAUCAAAUUUGGCUGUUAAGUAUAAGAAGAAAGCAUGGUUUUCUGUCGCGAAAGAUUUCUCAGACAAUAUCAUGACAUCAUAUGAUUUUGAUAAAGUGCCUGCUUUGAUUGCCACUCAUCCAGCCCACAAUGAACAGAGCAUAUUUUAUGGGCCUUUUGAAGAUAAGUUCCUUGAAGAUUACAUAAAACAAAGCUUGUUACCUCUGGUAUUACCCAUAAAUGAAGAUUCAUUGAGGUCGCUGAAAGAUGAUAAGAGGAAGAUUGUUCUAACGAUAAUGGAGGAUGAAACAGAUGAGAAGUCCAAUAACUUAAUAAAGGUCUUAAAGUCAGCUGCAUCUGCUAAUCGCGACUUAAUAUUCGGUUAUGUUGGGGUCAAGCAGUUUGAAGAUUUUGCAGAGUCAUUUGAAGUGUAUAAGAAAACUCAGCUGCCAAAAAUGAUUGUUUGGGAUGGAAAUGAGGAGUACUAUACGGUUAUUGGUUCAGAAAGCAUUGAAGAAUCAGAUCCAGGCACCCAAAUCUCGAAAUUUCUUGAAGGCUAUAGAGAAGGAAGUGUAAUACAAAAGCGUAUUAGGGGUCCAACCUUGAUGGGUUUUAUUAACUCUCAAUUGGGAGGCAAAUAUUUUUUCAUUAGUAUAUUAGUGUUGCUGGUAAUAAUAAUGAUGAUCCUUACAAUGGGUAGAGAAGAACCUUUAACGGUUGGUACCCAUGAUCAGAUAGAUCAUUCGAGGAACGCCCCCUCCCAGUCAGAAGCUAGAGAGCCACGUCGAGCUGCUGCCAAGGAGGACAAGGAGGAUUGA